AUGACUAAAAAUAAGGUGUUCUCGAAGAAAGCAAAAACUAAUCUUACACAUCUUUACUUGAACGAUAAAAAUAUGACCAAAAUUAGCAAUAUUUAUCCGACGAAAAAUAUCCUGGUACUGUAUCUUCACAACAACCAAAUUAGCAAAAUAGAAAAGCUCAGCGCUUUCGCACAUCUCACGCAUCUGUAUUUGCAAUGGAACAACCUGCGCAAAAUAGAGAAUUUGGAGAGUUUGAAAAAUCUGAAGCAACUCUAUCUUGGUUACAACAAAAUAACGCGGCUAGAGAAUUUGGGUGCCCUAAAAAAGUUGGAACAAGUGCAUAUCGAGCGCCAACAACUGGAUGGCUCCGUGCGGUUCGACUUUGACCAAGAGUGCUUAUGUGCGCUGGCGAACCACCUGAAGGUAUUGAACAUCAAAAAGCUGAAACUCACCAACAUCGAUUCCCUGGAACCAUUGUGGAAGCUGGAAAUUCUGCUCGCCUCGGAGAACAAUUUUAAAUCGACCGACGAUAUCACGCCCGUUAUCAGUGCUUUGUAUUCACUGCGUGUCCUGGACUUGCAGGGAUCAGCCGCCCAGCGCGAUGUGCACUACCGCGAAAAGGUUACAGCCGCCGCAGGCCAUAAGCUGCUGCUGCUCGAUGGAAAAAUGAUAUCGCAAUCGACGCGCAACUUUAUUAAAAAUUUUCAAACCGUCAAGCUGGAAAAGCAGCGGCGGGCGUCUGACAAACCGAAAACGGCGGAAAAUUCCAAAUCCUCGUUUGACUGUCCCAGCGAGCGGAGCAGCGGAGGCGGGUUCGUCGAUCCGUUCAGUGCCGCCCUGCCGGCGAGCUCCCUGUUUCAGGUGUCCACCCGACGGCCAGCGUGCUCGCGAGUGUUGCGCAAACCGAUCCGUUCGCCGGUGCUCACGAAAACGAUGUCGGCUAACUUUUGUGACGAGAUGGCGUUUCGUUCGAACGAUCUACAUCCGGCCGCCGCUGUCGUAAUGCUGCAGGGCAAGGAGAUCAAAGCGGGUAUGCCUGUGUUUAAGGAUAAGCUGCGUGCCCAGCGGAAGAUACAAUCGUUGCCUACGAUCGACCACUAG